AUGUCAACAAAAGCAUUAAAAAAGAAACAACAUAUUAACGUACAACAUGUAAAUAGUAGUUCGGAUGAGGGAAGUGAAAAAAAAGUUGUUGUUGUUGUUAAUAGUGUAAAACCAAAAUUUUCAAUGUUAAACUUAUCAGACGAAGAUGACGACAAAAGUGACCAAGAUGAAAAUGAAGAUAAAAAAGAUUCUGAAUCAGAAGAAUCAGAAGAAGAAGAAGAAGAAGAAGAAAUUGAAAAAGAGAAACCUCAAGCUAAAGAACAAUUAUCUUCAAAACAACAAAAACAAAAGCAACAACAACAAGCAUCCAAAAAAAAACAAGCAAAGAAAAAACAACAACAAAAGAAAAAACAACAACAACAAGAAAAAGAUGAACUUGAAUUAAAUGAGAUUGAAAAAUCAUCGCCACCAAUAAUAUUAUCAGAAAUUGAGAUUAAAGAUAAAGAAUUUAGAGAAUUAUUUAAAAUUAAUACAGUUAAUUUAAACCCAGAUAACGAAUUGAAAAAAUUAUUUGGUUGUAAGAGUUCAGAUAUUAAAGGUCAAAAGAAAAAGAGUGUACAUCAUUUUAAAAAGAAAAACUAUAUAUUUGUUCAACCAAAACCUGAAUGGCCUGAUGUCAUGGGAGGAUUUAUGGUAAUGGAAAUAUGUAAUGAUGAUAAAGUACCAUCAUCACCAACAAAUGCAACAACAACCACAACUACAACUACUACUACAACCAAUACAGUAUCACCAAAAUUAAAAUCACAACAACAAUCUUUAGAUGGUAUAAAUUAUUUUAAAAUUAAAUGGGGUCAAACAUAUUCAAAUAUUCAAGAAGAAUUUUAUUUAGCAUUAACAACUCAUGACCCAAUGAGUUUAGUUGAAAUUAUUAGAUAUCAUCCAUAUCAUAUUGAUUCAUUAUUACAGUUGGGUCAAGUUUGUUUACAAACUGCAGAUUAUUCAAAAGCGGGUGAUUUCGUAGAGAUGGCAGUAUUUGCAUUUGAGAAUGUAUUCCAUCAUCUCUUUAAUCCACUCAAUGGUAAUUGUAGAUUCGAAUAUAGACAUGACCAAAAUAAAUCAUGUUUCUUGGCAAUCUUUAGAUUUAUUCAAAUCAUUGGUAGAAGGGCAUGUCAUAGAACCGCAUUAGAACUUUGUAAAAUUUUAUUAACUUGGGAUUACUCUGAUCCAUUGUAUGUACGUUUAAUCAUCGAUUACUACUCCAUUAGAUCCAAACAGUAUAGAUUCUUGGUAGAUUUAUUCACAAAGUUAAAAACUAUCACACCAACCAAUCAAGGCGAUCUAUCAUUGUUACCAAACUUUUGUUAUUCUGCUGCUUUGGCAAUGUAUCAUUUGGAGAGAGAGAAAUCAACAACAACAACAUCAACAUCAACAUCAACAUCAUCAUCGAAAUCAUCAAGUGUUGAAGAAUCAAGUGAUAUACUCUUACAAAAGGCCUUAAUAUCAUUCCCAAUGGUGCUUCAACCAUUGUUGGAGAAAUUGAAAACUAAUUUCUCAAUUCCAAAGAAUGGUAAAAUAAUAACACUUGAAAAUGAUCCAUUCUUUAAGGAUGACCCAUUGGAGAAACGUAUCGAUCAUUUGGUGACUUUGUUUGUCGAGAGAAAUUAUCAAUGUUGGCAAACUCCUGAAAUUUUAGAUUGGUUAAAAUCAAAUGUUAUCAUUGUAUUAGAUAAAGUAGCCGCCAAACAUCCAAUGGUAAAACAAUUGAGUGAUUCAAUCAAAGCAGAGUAUGAAACUGUGAAUCAAGAGGUCUUCGAUCAUUUAGUUCUAUCAGAAUACUCUGACGUUAUCAAUAGAUUAACACCAGACAUUAUCGAAGCAAUGCAUGCUGAAGGUUUCAGAGAUAUCCUACCACAACGUGAUCCAAAUCAAGCACCACCACAACAUCUUAGAAGAGGUGGUAUUGGUCAAGGUUUCCAAAUUCAUCAAAGAAAUCAACAACAACAAAGAAGAGUCCAACAACAAUUAAGACAAUUACAACAACAACAACAACAAAACUUACAACAUCAACAACAACAACCUUUAGAACCUUUAUUACAAGAGAAUCCAGAUUACACUGGUCCUGCCAAUCCAGUUUUAAAUUUCCUUCAUUCUUUAUUACCAUGGAAUGAUCCAUCCAUUCAAAGAGAACGACAAUUAGCAGCUACUCAAGGUACUCAACAACCAGCACCAGGAUUUUUAGAUGAUUAUGUUGAUUUUUCUGAUGAAGAUGAAAAUGAAAAUUAA